UAAAAGCGAAACAAAAAGUACCGCAAAUAUGGAGAGCCCCCUACCCUAAUCUAAUUGUUAUUGUUUAACGAUGAUGAACGCGUUUCAGCGCAGCAACCCGAGGAUCAACACGGAAAACUUGCCAGUACAAGGAAGCUUCUUUUGAUCACAGAGAGAUAGGUCGGUGCAUUCCCAACCCACGUUUUAUAAGAGACAAAACGCAGGUUAUAGUUUGAUUCAAGGCAGAGAGAGACCCCAUAUCAAGCUGAAGGAAGUUGAUUUUAGAAUAGGAGCUGAAAGCUAAACAAUUUAUAAUGAAGGAUAAAAGCACAGUUGUCAAAGAAGGAUGGGUUUCGAAGAGAGGGGAAUAUAUAAAGAACUGGAGACCAAGAUAUUUCAAAUUGAUGAGUGAUGGAAGUUUUCUUGGCUUUAAGGAGAAGCCAGCAAAAGAAAACACAGAGCCACUAAAUAAUUUCUCUGUUGAAAGAGCACAGGUUAUGCAAACAGAGAAACCAAAAGCUAACACAUUCAUAAUACGAUGUUUCCAGCUAACAACACUUGUUGAAAGAACUUUUCAUGUUGAAACAAGCGAGGAAAGAUCUUUAUGGGUUAAUGCAAUUGAAGAAAUUUCAAAGCGCUUGCAGGAAGAGGAAGAUUCUUCAAGCAAAACCAGCACACAAAGUUCAGACAGUGACUCUGAUCGAACGCUUGAGGACUUUGAAAUGAUGAAAGUUUUGGGAAAAGGAACAUUUGGAAAGGUUAUGUUAGGCAAAGAUAAAAAAUCUGGGGAAAUAUUCGCUAUCAAGAUAUUGAAGAAAGAGGUCAUCCUUCAGAAGGACGAAGUUGAGCACACUCUCACUGAAAACAGAGUCCUUCAAAGUGCCAAACACCCUUUCCUUACUCAAUUGCGGUUCUCCUUUCAAACGAAGGACAGACUGUGUUUUGUAAUGGAGUAUGUCAACGGUGGAGAGCUAUUCUUUCAUUUGUCGCGAGAAAGAGUGUUCUCAGAAGAGCGUUCUAGAUUUUAUGGAGCAGAAAUAACUUGUGCUGUCAAGUAUCUUCACGAGAGAAAUAUCGUCUAUCGUGACUUGAAGCUUGAAAACCUGCUUUUAGACGCCGAAGGACACAUAAAGAUUACAGAUUUUGGAUUAUGUAAAGAAGAUAUAUCAUUUGGGGACACAACAAAAACAUUCUGUGGAACACCUGAAUACCUCGCUCCAGAGGUGCUUGAAGACAAUGAUUACGGUCGCAGCGUUGAUUGGUGGGGCUUUGGUGUUGUUUUAUACGAAAUGUUAUGUGGAAGGCUGCCAUUUUACAACAGGGAUCAUGAAGUUUUGUUUGAGCUUAUUCUCAGUGAGGAAGUUCGCUUUCCUUCGCGAUUGUCAGAGGUUUCCAAAAAUGUUCUUUCUGGCCUUUUGACAAAGGAUUCCAAGAAAAGACUUGGCGGAGGUAGUCGUGACGCAUAUGAAGUGAUGGAGCACCCAUUUUUCCAUGGCAUUAGCUGGGAUGAUGUUUAUAAUAGAAAGCUCCGUCCGCCAUUCAAGCCUGAGAUCAAGGGCGAAUCAGAUGUAGGAAACUUCGACCCUGAAUUCACAACGGAAACUCCACGCUUAACGCCACCAGAGAGCUCAGUUCUAUCCGAAGACGCGAGCAAGCCAGUUUUUGGAGAAUUCGCAUAUCAAAAAAAGUAACUAUUUGCGCGGAAAAUUCUUCUUGUCUGUGUACCAAUGUCUUGACGUAAAAUAGUUUUAUUAAUCUUUGGAAAAUUUACCAAACGUUUUGGGAAAUAAACUAUCGUUUUUGCUAGUUAUUUACGAAGCAUUCGUUGUCGUUAAGAGAAUAAGAAUGUUUUGGGGGGGGGGGGGGUGUUAUCGCGCAGGUGAAGAUAAUCAUCUCAUUUCAAUCCUAUGAUAGUUUCAAUCCUAUUAUCUCAGUCUUAAUAGUAGUAUCAUACUGUAAAGGUCGUAUAUAAAUUCGAUGCUCUGCCUGCAGCCGAGUUGAUGACUUAUUUUAUCAAACAUUAUUAUUAUACUCAUUUCUUUCUGUGGUUCACUUAAAGGCUACUGAAAUGACAAACGACAUGACGUCUUUCGCAUUGGAUAUUGUAUGUCAUCCAGCCCCGUGCAACCCCUGUUUGAUAUUCUGCAAUAGGUCUCUGUCAUAAGGAUUCGCUUGGUUAACAUCGUUUAAAUUACGUAGUAGCAGGGGGGUUUAUACAUGCAACGCCAAGGUAGAUUGUCGUUAGGUACCACCACUAUAUGGUUGUUUCAACCGUUUUGUAGUGAAAUUUUUUUAUUGUUUUAAAUUAAAAAGGUGAUUAGUUGAAUGUUUGAAUCAUUAAACUUGUUGCAUUGGAAAGUAAAAUUUCGAUGAUGAAGACAAAAACUGUUUGUUAUGAUAACUUAUCAAUCGCCAAUGAACCUAUCCUAAUAAAUUUAAUUCUUGGCUACAUCCUAAAGAGCUAGUAAUAAUUUGAUUUGUGAAAGAUGGAAAUUUUUCUAUUGAAUAACUUUGUUUCGUUGCUUAUGCACCUUCUUCUAACAUGUUUAAUGAACUCUGAUAAUUUUUUUUGGAAAUAUCAAUUAAUUUUGUAGACAAGAUAAGGAGGGGCUUGUGUAAUCCAUAAAAUGGCUAGUUUUGUAGUAUUUGAUUUCUAAUAUUUUUGAUAAUUUUAAGAUAGAAGAUGAACAUUUUUUGCUAUUCUAGUAGUCCUUAUCUUCGCAGUUUUUAUUAAAUACGAUAUAUUCUGUUAA